UUUCCGGAUUGUUUCUCUCCCGAGCAGCCUCCACCACCGCCAUUGAAGGUCCAGUGUGUUCAGUGCAGCGGUAUCAGACCGUCAUCACUGGGGAAGCAAGUAAACAGCAAAAGGACAAUUACAAUCACCAGUAUAUUGACAACACAUUGUCAUACAAGUCUAACCAAUUGGACUUUAAACGAGCCUUUUCCUGGCUGUCCGGCUAGGAUCUGAGAAGAAGCCGUAGUGUGUUAGCAUUAGGAGAAUCGGGAGGAGAGCAAAGGAACCGCCAUGGCUCAGAUCCUGCCUAUUCGCUUUCAGGAGCACCUGCAGCUCCAGAACUUGGGCAUUAACCCAGCCAACAUUGGGUUCAGCACCCUGACGAUGGAGUCUGAUAAGUUCAUCUGUAUCCGGGAGAAGGUGGGGGAGCAGGCACAGGUGGUGAUCAUCGACAUGGCCGACCCCAACACUCCCAUCCGCAGACCAAUCUCUGCAGACAGCGCCAUCAUGAACCCUGCCUCCAAAGUCAUUGCACUUAAAGACGCCGCCAAAACCCUUCAGAUCUUUAACAUUGAGAUGAAGAGCAAGAUGAAGGCCCACACCAUGACUGAUGACGUCACCUUCUGGAAGUGGAUCUCCCUGAACACAGUGGCACUUGUGACUGACAAUGCUGUCUACCAUUGGAGCAUGGAGGGGGACUCCCAGCCAAUCAAAGUCUUUGACCGGCACUCCAGCCUGGCGGGCUGUCAAAUCAUCAACUACCGCACUGACGCCAAGCAGAGAUGGCUGCUGCUCAUUGGCAUCUCCGCACAGCAAAACCGUGUGGUGGGUGCCAUGCAGCUGUACUCUGUGGACAGGAAGGUGUCACAGCCCAUCGAGGGCCAUGCCGCAGGCUUCGCACAGUUCAAGAUGGAGGGCAACACAGAGGAGUCCACACUGUUCUGCUUUGCUGUGAGAGGACAGGCUGGGGGAAAGUUGCACAUCAUUGAGGUGGGCACCCCAGCCACAGGGAACCAGCCUUUUCCAAAGAAAGCAGUGGAUGUGUUCUUCCCUCCAGAGGCUCAGAAUGACUUCCCAGUGGCCAUGCAGAUAAGCUCCAAGCAGGAUGUGGUGUUCCUCAUCACCAAAUAUGGCUACAUCCACCUGUAUGAUCUGGAGACUGGCACCUGCAUCUACAUGAACAGGAUCAGCGGGGAGACCAUCUUUGUUACGGCCCCUCACGAAGCCACUGCCGGCAUCAUUGGGGUCAACAGGAAAGGACAGGUUCUGUCAGUGUGUGUGGAGGAGGAGAACAUCAUCCCUUACAUCACCAAUGUGCUGCAGAACCCAGACCUUGCCCUGCGCAUGGCCGUCCGUAACAACCUGGCCGGGGCCGAGGAGCUGUUCGCGCGCAAGUUCAACAACCUGUUUGCCGGCGGAAACUACUCUGAAGCUGCCAAGGUGGCCGCCAACGCACCAAAGGGCAUCCUGCGUACUCCAGACACCAUCCGUAAGUUCCAGAGUGUGCCAGCCCAGCCGGGCCAGACCUCUCCCCUGCUGCAGUACUUUGGCAUCCUGCUGGACCAGGGCCAGCUCAAUAAGUUUGAGUCUCUGGAGCUGUGCAGGCCCGUCCUACAGCAGGGACGCAAGCAGCUGCUGGAGAAGUGGCUCAAAGAGGACAAGCUGGAGUGUUCUGAGGAGCUGGGGGACCUGGUGAAGUCAGUGGACCCCACCCUGGCUCUCUCCGUCUACCUGAGGGCCAAUGUACCCAACAAGGUCAUCCAGUGCUUCGCUGAGACCGGACAGUUCCCCAAGAUAGUCCUGUACGCCAAGAAGGUGGGCUACACUCCAGACUGGAUCUUCCUGCUGAGGAACGUGAUGAGGAUCAGUCCAGAACAGGGCCUGCAGUUCUCCCAGAUGCUGGUCCAGGACGAGGAGCCUUUGGCUGACAUCACACAGAUCGUGGAUGUCUUUAUGGAGUAUAACCUGAUCCAGCAGUGUACCUCCUUCCUAUUGGACGCCCUGAAAAACAACAGGCCUUCUGAGGGGCCGCUGCAGACAUGCCUUCUGGAGAUGAACCUCAUGCACGCCCCACAGGUUGCUGAUGCCAUCCUGGGCAACCAGAUGUUCACCAACUACGACCGUGCCCACAUAGCCCAGCUGUGUGAGAAGGCUGGUCUGCUGCAGAGAGCUUUAGAGCACUACACUGACUUGUACGACAUCAAACGGGCCGUGGUGCACACACACCUUCUCAACCCAGAGUGGCUGGUGAACUUCUUUGGCUCCCUCUCAGUGGAGGACUCUCUGGAGUGCCUGAGGGCCAUGUUGUCUGCCAACAUCCGUCAGAACCUGCAGAUCUGUGUCCAGGUGGCUUCCAAGUACCACGAGCAGCUCUCCACCAACUCUCUAACGGAGCUCUUCGAGUCCUUCAAGAGUUUUGAGGGUCUGUUCUACUUCCUGGGUUCCAUUGUUAACUUCAGCCAGGACCUAGAGGUCCACUUCAAGUACAUCCAGGCAGCCUGCAAGACGGGACAGAUCAAAGAGGUGGAGAGGAUCUGCAGAGAGAGCAACUGCUACGACCCCGAACGAGUCAAGAACUUCCUCAAGGAGGCCAAGCUGACUGACCAGCUCCCACUCAUCAUUGUGUGUGACCGCUUCGACUUUGUCCAUGACCUGGUCCUCUACCUGUACCGUAACAACCUGCAGAAAUACAUUGAGAUCUAUGUGCAGAAAGUGAACCCCAGCCGUCUACCAGUGGUGAUUGGAGGGCUUCUGGACGUGGACUGUUCUGAGGACGUCAUUAAGAGUCUGAUCCUGGUGGUCAGAGGACAGUUCUCCACUGAUGAACUGGUGGCUGAGGUGGAGAAGAGGAACCGACUGAAGCUUCUCCUCCCCUGGCUGGAGGCCCGUAUCCAUGAGGGCUGUGAGGAGCCCGCUACCCACAAUGCCCUGGCCAAGAUCUACAUUGACAGCAACAACAACCCCGAGCGCUUCCUGCGUGAGAACCCCUACUACGACAGCCGCGUGGUGGGCAAGUACUGCGAGAAGAGGGACCCUCACCUGGCCUGCGUUGCCUACGAGAGAGGACAGUGUGACCAGGAACUCAUCAACGUGUGCAAUGAGAACUCCCUAUUCAAGAGUCUGUCUCGCUACCUGGUCCGUCGCAGAGACCCGGACCUGUGGGCCAGCGUGCUGCUGGAGAGCAACCCCUUCAGAAGACCACUCAUUGACCAGGUGGUGCAGACAGCCCUGUCUGAGACCCAGGACCCAGAGGAGGUGUCAGUCACAGUAAAGGCCUUCAUGACUGCAGACUUGCCCAACGAACUCAUUGAGCUGUUGGAGAAGAUCGUACUGGAUAACUCUGUCUUCAGUGAACACAGAAACCUGCAGAACCUGCUGAUCCUGACGGCCAUCAAGGCAGACCGGACCCGUGUGAUGGAGUACAUCAACCGCCUGGACAACUAUGACGCCCCAGACAUUGCCAACAUUGCCAUCAGCAACGAGCUCUUCGAGGAGGCAUUUGCUAUCUUCAGGAAGUUUGACGUCAACACCUCUGCUGUGCAGGUUCUCAUUGAGCACAUUGGGAACCUGGAUCGAGCCUAUGAGUUUGCCGAGCGCUGCAACGAGCCAGCUGUGUGGAGCCAGCUGGCCAAGGCUCAGCUGCAGAAGGGCCUGGUCAAGGAGGCUAUCGACUCCUACAUCAAGGCUGACGACCCUUCUGCCUACAUGGAGGUGGUACAGGCCGCCGACCAGAGUGGUAACUGGGAGGACCUGGUGAAGUUCCUUCAGAUGGCCCGUAAGAAGGCCCGGGAGUCCUACGUGGAGACAGAGCUCAUCUUCGCCCUGGCCAAGACCAACCGCCUGGCUGAGCUGGAGGAGUUCAUCAAUGGACCCAACAACGCCCACAUCCAACAGGUCGGCGACCGCUGUUACGACGAGAAAAUGUACGACGCGGCCAAGUUACUGUACAACAACGUGUCCAACUUUGGCCGUCUGGCGUCCACCCUGGUGCACCUCGGGGAGUACCAGGCGGCUGUGGACGGGGCCCGCAAGGCCAACAGCACUAGGACCUGGAAGGAGGUGUGCUUUGCCUGCGUGGAUGGAAAGGAGUUCCGCCUGGCACAGAUGUGUGGCCUCCACAUCGUGGUGCAUGCUGACGAACUGGAGGAGCUUAUCAACUACUACCAGGACCGUGCUUACUUUGAGGAGCUGAUCACCAUGCUGGAGGCAGCCCUGGGGCUGGAACGGGCUCACAUGGGCAUGUUCACUGAGCUGGCCAUCCUCUACUCCAAAUUCAAACCCCAGAAGAUGAGGGAGCACCUGGAGCUCUUCUGGUCCAGAGUCAACAUUCCAAAGGUUCUGCGGGCGGCGGAGGAGGCCCACCUGUGGGCGGAGCUGGUGUUUCUGUACGAUAAGUACGAGGAGUUUGACAAUGCCAUCAUCACCAUGAUGAACCACCCCACCGACGCCUGGAAGGAGGGCCAGUUCAAAGACAUCAUCACCAAGGUGGCCAACGUGGAGCUGUAUUACAAAGCAACUCAGUUCUAUUUGGAGUUCAAGCCGUUGUUACUGAAUGACCUGCUCAUAGUGCUGUCCCCCAGACUGGACCACUCCCGUGCUGUCAACUUCUUCAGCAAGGUGAAACAGCUGCCCCUGGUCAAGCCCUACCUGCGCUCUGUACAGAACCACAACAACAAGUCUGUCAAUGAAGCACUUACCAACCUCUUCAUCACAGAGGAGGACUAUCAGGCUCUGAGGACCUCUAUAGAUGCCUAUGACAACUUUGACAACAUCUCGCUUGCCCAGCGCUUGGAGAAACACGAGCUGAUUGAGUUCAGGAGGAUCGCUGCCUACCUCUUCAAGGGAAACAACCGCUGGAAACAGAGUGUGGAGCUCUGCAAGAAGGACAAACUCUACAAGGAUGCCAUGCAGUACGCGUCAGAGUCCAAGGAUACAGAGUUGGCUGAGGAGCUACUGGGCUGGUUCCUGACCGAGGACAAAAAGGAGUGCUUUGCCGCCUGCCUCUUCACCUGUUAUGACCUGCUGAGGCCAGACGUGGUGCUGGAGACGGCCUGGAAGCACAACAUCAUGGACUUCUCCAUGCCCUACUUCAUCCAGGUCAUGAGAGAGUAUCUCUUCAAGGUUGAUGCAAUUAAGGAAAAGGUGGACAAGCUGGAGACCUCUGAGUCCCUAAGGAAAGAGGAGGAGCAGGCGACAGAGACACAACCCAUCGUCUAUGGUCCUGAUAACUUAGUAAAUGGCACACCCCAGCUUAUGCUGACUGCUGGCCCAAGCGUGCCCGUGCCCCCCCAGCAGGCCUAUGGCUACGGUUACCAGGCUCCUGCAGGCUACCCCCAGGCACCUCAGGCCCAACCAGGCUUUGGCUACGGCAUGUAAAGGUCUCCUGGCAAGCCCUGGAGCCCAUCCAUCUCUCUCAGCUCAGUCCUUCACUAGGCUUUUACCAUCUUCUCACAACAUUUAGUGGAUUCAAACAAGCAGUUUUUUUUUAUGUUUUUGUUUUCCUUAAAAAAAAAAAACCUCAUGAAGGACAUUUUUCUGUUAUCAAAGAAAAAGAUUGGCUCACAAUUAUUAUAAUUUUUCACAUUCCAUUAUAUUUACUAGAUGUCAUUUUUUUAAAAUGGGGAAUGGUUUAUGUACAAUGAGGGGGCUUGUGGGAAGAGUGAGUCCUCUUCUUAAUUAAAAGGUAUGUUGUGAAGCA